UUCUUAUCUGAGUGUGUAACAUUAGAGAGAAGCUAAUUUGCCUAUUGAAAAUUUCUAAUUUACUACAUUUACCUAAAUGGACGCCUGUUCAGAUCUUCGCUGCUAUGUAACACAAACGAAGUUACAUGGGGAUUAGACUCCAGAACAGUUCUGGCUGUGUUGAACUUCUCCACCAGCCAGCAUAGCUACAACAAAUUAUUUGGCCAGACAAAGGAGCUCCAACAGCACGAAGAAGAAGAGCACUUUGUGGUGAUCCACAGUUGGGCGAGGCUUCCAGACCAACUUCUGGAGAGGGAAACGGCUUAACAGUGGUUUGGCUUCUUUAGACUGGGUUUAAGAAAGGUCGUAAAUAUGGAAGAGCACUUCGGAAAUCUGGAAAAAGGUGUGGUAGAGAUGGGCUCAGAAGCAGAGGAUAAGAUUGAGAAAGAUGGAGGAGCGUCAGACAGCGAGUGUAAAGCAGACACGGGUGUUCCUGAGGUCCCUCCGCCUGCAGACGACACGCCGGAGGUCCUCAACAAAGCCCUGUCAGGCCUGUCGUCACGGUGGAAGAACUGGUGGGUGCGGGGCAUCCUCACUCUGGCGAUGAUCGCCUUUUUCUUCUUAAUCAUCUACCUUGGCCCGAUGGUGCUGAUGAUGAUUGUGCUCUGUGUUCAGAUCAAGUGUUUCCAUGAGAUCAUCACCAUCGGCUACAGCGUGUAUCACUCCUACCACCUCCCCUGGUUCAGGACGCUCAGCUGGUACUUCCUGUUGUGUGUGAACUACUUCUUCUACGGUGAGACGGUGACGGAUUACUUCUUCACACUGGUGCAGAGGGAGGAGCCUCUACGGAUCCUCAGCAAAUACCACCGUUUCAUCUCUUUCGCCCUCUACCUCAGCGGGUUCUGCAUGUUUGUACUGAGCCUGGUGAAGAAGCACUACCGGCUGCAGUUCUACAUGUUCGGCUGGACCCAUGUGACCCUUCUGAUUGUGGUUACUCAGUCACACCUCAUCAUCCAUAACCUGUUUGAAGGAAUGAUCUGGUUUAUUGUUCCAAUCUCCUGUGUGAUCUGUAAUGACAUCAUGGCGUACAUGUUUGGAUUCUUCUUUGGACGUACUCCGCUCAUCAAGUUGUCCCCCAAGAAGACAUGGGAAGGUUUUAUUGGUGGAUUCUUCUCCACGGUAGUCUUUGGAAUCCUGUUCUCCUAUCUAAUGGCAGGCUAUCGUUACUUUGUGUGUCCAGUGGAGUUCAGUAACGACUCCAACAGUUUUACAGUGGACUGUGAACCAUCAGAGCUCUUCCAGCUGCAGGACUACACACUGCCCUCCGUCCUCGAGUCCAUCACCGGCUGGACCACGGUGAAGCUGUACCCGUUCCAGAUUCACAGCAUCGCUCUGUCAGCCUUCGCCUCCAUCGUGGGGCCGUUUGGAGGCUUCUUUGCCAGCGGAUUCAAGAGGGCCUUCAAGAUCAAGGACUUCGCUAACACCAUUCCUGGUCACGGUGGAAUCAUGGACCGGUUUGACUGCCAGUAUCUCAUGGCCACUUUUGUCAAUGUUUACAUUGCCAGCUUCAUCAGGGGACCGAACCCCACCAAAGUGAUCCAGCAGUUGCUCGCCUUGCGGCCGGACCAGCAGCUCCACAUCUAUAACUCGCUGAAGGCCCAUCUCACUGAGAGAGGCCUGCUCGCAGCACUGGAGGAGGCAGCUUAGACUCCUGGACCAGGAGAGGGAGAGAGCACCCUGGGUGAUGUGGGGGAGAGGGAGGGAGCGAGAGAGAGAGUGUGAUCAUGAAGCAGGUGCUUUGUGGAGGUGGGAGUAGUGCUUGAAUGAGAGAGAUGAGGAAAAAUGGGAAAAAAGAGAAACUAAACUAAAGCCUUGGGUCAUUCCAUUUUCUGUAUGAGUGCUCAGAGAGUGAGAUGGUGUGAGUGUGUUACAUGUAUAUAUGUUAGCAUUUGGUCAGUGUUUAGUUUUUUUUGUUGUUUUUUUGCUAAUAUACUGUAUGUUCUUUUCUUUAUGCCAGAUAAGAAUAUUAUAUACAGAGUGAAGACACAUCACUUUUGCAGUUCUUUAAUCGUGAGUCCAUGUGAACAUUUCCACGUGUAUAAAGUACAUUCUAUACCUGUAAUGUGUCUGAGUAUUUUAAAGUAAAUCGUAUAUAUAUAUAUUGUAAUUAGGGUACAAAUAUUGUAUUUUAUUUUGGUUUUAAUGCACUGCUUAUCACACUGUUGUUUCAACCUCAUGCUCAGUUUUACACUGUUGUUAAGAACAGGUGUUUGUCUGUCAGAGCGGUUCUGUUUCGGUUUCGGUUACGGGGAACCCACUGAAACUGGUUUUCUCCUGGUGUUCCAUUUAUGGUGAAGUGUAAACAGUAAAACAGCCAAAACUGUUUAAUCGCUCACUCGGUGUUUGUUCCUCUGGGUUAAAAUGUGAGGAUUUUACAUGAGACAAGCUUUAUAAAGGCUCUCAGUCGGCUAAAUAUAAAGCUAAUUCAGCUCUCAAGACCCCGUGUUGGAUUAGCUCCACCUUGUGGUGCUCCUUAUUUAGUUCAGUCUUAACGCCUGACCAUCACUGCCGGUUUGCCAAGUAGGACGGCUUUUUAGAACCACUGUUAAAAUAAAUAAAUACAUAAAUAAUAGACUCUGAGAAUGAAGUCGUAAUAUUUUGAUAAAGUCAGAAAGUUACAAGAAUAAAUUUGCGAUAUUUCGAGUAUAAAUUGGGCUGAUUGUAGGGGGGCUGCCAUAAAGUGUUGGGGUCUCAAUUGCCUCUCUUUGUCUCCUGUGAAACCUCAUGUUCCCUUUGAAAGGCGUGGAGACCACCCAUAGCCAUGUAGACGACCCUGCCUGUGAUUCUCCUUCAACAAAACGGACGGUUUCCUCCGAGUCCGUCUGGCUCUUUAUUCUGGCUCUUUAUUCUGCCCGUUUCGGCCGUUUCUCAUACAAAUAACAAUCUGGUGCUGAUCUGUCAGGAGAGAUGGGGCGACCGAGUAUUUCUUUAUGGGAGAAAUCAAUACAGAAGUAUAGUUUUAACAUGAGGAGGUCGCUACCUUCCCUCUGCAAAGCCUUUGGCCCCAAUAUUGCGGCUGUUACUGGCCACUUUAAUGUUGUAAUUCUACAGCUUUAUUCUCAAAAUGUCAUGCCGUACGACUUUUUAUCUCAAAAUAUUAUGACUUUAUUCCCCAAAUAAUGACUUUAUCCUCAAAAUGUCAUGCCGUACGACUUUUUAUCUCAAAAUAUUAUGACUUUAUUCCCAAAAUAAUGACUUUAUCCUCAAAAUGUCAUGCCGUACGACUUUUUAUCUCAAAAUAUUAUGACUUUAUUCCCAAAAUAAUGACUUUAUCCUCAAAAUGUCAUGCCGUACGACUUUUUAUCUCAAAAUAUUAUGACUUUAUCCUCAAAAUGUCAUGCCGUACGACUUAUCUCAAAAUAUUAUGACUUUAUUCCCAAAAUAAUGACUUUAUCCUCAAAAUGUCAUGCCGUACGACUUUUUAUCUCAAAAUAUUAUGACUUUAUUCCCAAAAUAAUGACUUUAUCCUCAAAAUGUCAUGCCGUACGACUUUUUAUCUCAAAAUAUUAUGACUGUAUUCUGAAAAUGUCAUGCCGUUUGACUUUAUUGUCUAAGUCUACCAUUUAAAAUUUUUUUUAACUGUGGCCCUAAAAAACUGUGAGACGUCCUUAUUGCUUUUCCACUAUUAAACUUAGUUAUUCACAUCUGAUCUCUAAAGUGUUCAGAGGUAGGUAGAUAGAUAUCGAUAGUCGUGUGAAAAAGUUAUAACACAUUUCGUAUUUCGCCAAUAUGUUAAACUCAGCAAAUAUACAGUAAUUACGCACUAGAAUUGGCAGAAAAUGUCAAUGUUUUCACACUGAAUGUCGGAUAUUAUAGUUACGGUCAGUUAUCGUUUUUUUUUUUUUUUUCCUUGUCUUGGCAGUUUUACUACUUACUACUAUAGACUACCUACUUCAUUUUGGUCUAGAUAGAGAUGGUUUUAGGGAAAUGUUACACGCUGAAAACGGGAAGAAGCCACAGUAAAAGCCACCAGUGCAAUAUGAGUCAUAGAAAGCUACAGUAUGUGGGUUAUGCAGUGUUUGUGUCAUACUGCUGUAGUCCAGGUCAUCUGUCAUUUGACGUCUCUUUUCAUAAAGCCAUCUUUAUUCUGU